UAUUCGACGACCCCUGGGUUUUUGAGGUUUUUUGAGUUGCUGUCCUGCAGCUCCUGUCGACAUUUUUUGACCAGUUAGCUGACUUUUCGAUCGCAUACCACUCUUUUUUACCACAUUCCGGGACAUAAAUCUUUAAUCUGUCACAUUAAAAUGUAAUGAAAAUUACCAAAGACACAAUCAACCGGAAUUGUAUUCGUUGAGAUAAUUGUUUAAGUGGUUUUAGAGAAGUGUCCUUUAAUUCGUCUAGCCUGCUGGUACAAAAAUGGCGUCACAGCGAUCUGACGUUAGAUUCUGUGUUUUUGCUGGAGUUGUCCUGCUUUUUGGAACACUUGGAGGAUUGGCUUUACAAUCAUUCCAGGAGGAACCGAGCGACACGGCUGUCAUGAUUGGAGAGGCAGUCGUUGUCCUUAAAUGCAUCGUUACAGAAACAUCAGGACACAUUUUGUGGUUCAAAGGAGUCGACUUUAUUGCUGGGGACACCGAUCCUUUAAUCAAUAAUUUUCCCAGAUUUUCUUUUGUUGGGAAUACAUCUCUUGGAGAGUACAAUCUACAGAUUGAGAAUGUGAUUCUUGAGGAUGAUGGAGAGUAUCUUUGUCAUGUCAUCUCAAGUGAAGCUGAGAUUCCUGUCUUAACAUCCAGACCCGCGAAACUUACUAUACAGAAAAUACCAGAGCCCCCAACCAUUUACCCCAGUGAUGCUAUCCUACCAGUCGUCGUUGGUGUUUCAACCAACCUAACCUGCCAAGCCAUUCGAGCCAACCCAGUCGCAGAGAUCAAGUGGUUGAGAGCGGAGGCAGAGGUAGCAGCUACUCACACGAGGGCGUGGUUCGAUGUUGACCCAUCUGGGAAAUUGAUGAACGUCGCUAGUACAUUGAUAUUGUCCCCAACGGUUGAGGAUCACAGCCUUGUGUUUGUGUGUGAAGUCUCCCAUAUGGCUCUGGGUACACCUAGAAAACUUGCAGUCAUUCUGGAUGUUCAACAUGCCCCAGUGGUUGUAGUAGAGUCUACUCCAUCAGAGAUCAGAGAAGAUAUGACUGUAUUCUUCCGCUGUGUUGUGGAUGCAAACCCAAGAAGUGUGACGUAUACCUGGGUAAAGAAUGAUGAACCAAUAUCAGGUGCUGAAAAGAGUCAACUUGAGCUUCUUAUGACCAAAGAUGAUCAUAUGGUCUCUAUUUCAUGCACUGCUACCAACGCUAUUGGCUCCACUACAGGAAGUAUUACCCUUCCAAUCCUAUAUGGACCAAGAUUCCUAGAGGUUCCAGUGUCGGUCUCCGUUGAUGAAGAAGGACCCGCCCAGAUGUCAUGCUCAGCAGAUGGCAACCCUAAGCCGACCAUUAAAUGGACACGUAUGGGCUCCCGGGCAACCCUAAGCACUAUGCAUGUCCUGCAGUUUGAUAUGAUCAGAGACAGUGAUGUUGGAACCUAUGUCUGUAUCGCUACGGUCCCUGGAUUCCAACCUAUCAUGAGUUAUGGACGAGUGGAUAUCAAUGCAAUUACGGAUAUCACAAGCCCUUCAGAGCAGAAAGCGAAGAUCGGACGUAAAGCUACCCUGCAAUGUUUUACCAGUACUAAGCCAGACCCAUAUCUUGUAAUAUGGUCCUGGGGAGAUGGUAACGAGCUUGAGGAAGGGACAUUUGGGCGAUUCACGGUAGUAAAGCAUGAGGAAAAAGGUGGUAUUCUGAGUGAACUGAUAAUAGACAAAGCAAAGAUGGAAGACUUUGGGGUGUAUAAUUGUACCAUGAUGAAUGAUGUUGGAGAGGAUACACUACUUAUCACACUCGUCCAACAAGGUAAGAUAUUAGUUACUAACUUGGUUCUUAGUGAACUAACAAUAGACAAGGCAAAGAUGGAAGACUUUGGGGUGUAUAAUUGUACCAUGAUGAAUGAUGUUGGAGAGGAUACACUACUUAUCACACUCGUCCAACAAGAGUUGGAUCUGAUUGUAUGGAUCAUCAUUGCAGUUAUUGGAACUUCAGCCGUUAUUUUCAUCUUAACCAUCAUCUGUAUGGUGUGGUGUAAACGCAAAUGGCAAAGGAGGAAAGCCGCCGUUUCUGACACCAAAGGUAAAGUCAAAAUGGAAAUUGUUCGCAAACUCAGAGAUGACGACGAUGAUUAUGAUGACAAAUCAUACACAGUCAGCUAUGAUUACAACGCCACCCCACCAAGCACUCCAGGGAAAGUACGCUAUGCAGAGCCGCAAAUAACAAGAGGGCGCUCCGACUCAUUUGAUGACCCUUAUUACCGUGCCCCACAUCGUAUGUCGGACGGAUACUCCAAUGAUGGAUUCUACCCACGGCGGUAUUCAAACAACGAGUACUCUGAGCCAAUCAUCAGAAAGAGAGAUGAUGACAAUGUCUCAUAUCAUUCUGAUCGAUCCAAAGACUACGCUCGUAAGGAUGACAAUGUCAGUCGCCAUGGCAACGAUGAUACACACGACAACGAAGUCAGUCAAUACAACCGCAUGGACCCUCGAUAUGAAAGCGACACUCGCUACGACGGCCAUCGCUAUAGUGAUAGCCGUUAUGAUGGAGACCGCCGCUAUGACGAUGAACGAAGUUAUGAGGACGAGCGUAGCUAUGGUGAUGAACGUAGCCGCAAUGAGGAGCGUAACUAUGGAGAGCGCUAUAGCACUGAGGGCUCGCAAAAGGGAUCUGAUAUAUCCCUUGAAUCCAAGAACAAACUUGCUACCAAUGUGUGAUGAUGCUGUUCUUAUUUACAAGUCGCCUGUUGUUAACUUCUUUCCUUUUUUACAAGCGGUCUGUUGUUGUUUAUCUCUUUCCUUAUGUACAAGUGGUUUGUUGUUGUUUACCUCCUCUCUCUUUCAUAAUAGUCGUAUAGAACAGUGUACAAAUUUAGAGUAAUUCGAAAUUUCUUUUUUUUCUGACAAUUACAUGGUUGAGUAUGCAUGUAUCUGUGCCCAAUUCCUUUGACCUUUGUCCUUAGUUUUGGUGGCAGCAACCGAAAUCAUCUGUUGCGGUUGUUUUUAGAAACAUUUUCUCAAAUAUGACUUCAUUUCAGAGGGAAAUAUUUCACAGAAAAAUUGUUCUAGUAUUAACUAAAUAUUCAGUAAGCUUUCAGACUAUAAUUAAACACUGUUUUCAUCCUUGCCAAUCCUGUAUAAUACUUUUAACCUGUGCACUAAACUUUAUAAAUACUUGUGGCAUGGUGUACAUUUUUCAUUACCAUCAUUGAAAAUAAGUAUCUCAAGUGUGUAUUUUAAUGUAGUUUUUAUGUUGAAAAAAAUGUAUUUUGAAAAUUCUGACACUUUAGAGUGUCAAAUCCAAGGCAUGAUAGUUGAGUUGAAGUUUUGCCAAUGUAACUUGAGUUGAGUUAGACUUGUGGACAAGUCAGUAAAUCGGCCCCACGCGCUGAGAUGGUGCUCUCGCGAAUCACUGCUCU